GCAGGGCUGGCACUCGGCUCCCUCGCCGCCUCUCCAAAGGAAAACCGACGGCGCGCCCUCCGCGAAGCUCUCGGGCCAUGGCGACGGUGGCUCUCUUGGCGUGGCUGGGGCUGUGGCUGGGGCGCGCCACGUCGGGGCUGCCCGGCUCUCCCUGCGAGCCGGUGCGCAUCCCCAUGUGCCGCCACAUGCCCUGGAACAUGACCCGCAUGCCCAACCACCUGCACCACAGCACCCAGGAGAACGCCGUGCUGGCCAUCGAGCAGUACCACGAGCUGGUGGCCGCCGGCUGCAGCCCGGUGCUCAGCUUCUUCCUGUGCGCCAUGUACGCGCCCAUCUGCGCCGUCGAGUUCCUGCACGACCCCAUCAAGCCCUGCAAGGCGCUGUGCCAGCGCGCCCGAGACGGCUGCGAGCCCCUCAUGAAGAGGUACAACCACAGCUGGCCCGAAGCCCUGGCCUGCCAAGACCUGCCCGUCUACGACCGAGGGGUCUGCAUCGCCCCCGAGGCCAUCGUCACGGAUCUGCCGGAAGGUGAGGUUGGAGAGGAGAGCUCCACGGGACGGGGCGGGCAGGAGGGCACGGACUUGUCUGCGCCCCGGACAAGGACGAGUCCAUGGGAGGUUUGGAGGCAGAGGCUGGACGACCACCUGUCAGGGAUGCUUCAGUCGAGAUUUCUGCAGGGCGAGAGGUGGACUAGAUGA